AUGGAGAACCACUUGACCAGUCUCUCGCGAUACUGUAUCGCUGAACCCCCUACCAAUACGCUGUCCGAUUUUAAGACUGCCCUUGAAUCGCUCCGGGGCGAGUUGAAAUUGAACGACAAUGUCUUCCGUGGCGUGGAUGGCUUCUUGGCUAAGCAUUUCAAGAAGUCUGACACAGUCCAGAAUAUCAUCGAUGAUGCCAAGUCGGCCGACAUCGUCAACAAGCUUCGCUUCUUCACCGCCAAUUCCAACAUUCACUUCUGCCGCGAGUCCAUCACCACGCCAAAGUCGCGCUUCAGUGCCAGCAUCUAUCUCGAAACGGAAGAUGGCUCGACCGCCGCAGGCAGUACCCGCGUGUAUGGCGAAUAUCAUCAUGGCGGUGCUCCCGCGGCGAGUUACGAUAGCGGCUUACUACCCUUUGCUGCGCGUGCUCUGCAAGUGUUCAAGGCUCAGCCAACUCGAUACUUCUUACAUGCUUUCAUCCUUCAUGGACCACUCUGGAGCUUUGGGUGUUUGACCAACCCUCAAGAACUGUUGCGUAUCCUGGCGGGCUACGGUAUGAUGAAUGACAAAGAGUCCGGAGUCAACACGUUUGUAAAGGACAUUUCUUCUGAUGAGAGCAUUUCUUCUGAUGAAAGCGUUUCUUCUGAUAAAGACAACAAGAUGUAUCUCCGACCAGAGAUGAUUGCAGCCCCAGGUUACUUGGUUGGGCUGGGAACGACAUGCUUCGCCGCCUCGAAAUCGACAACCGACGAGCCAGAUAUUGUUGUCAAGUUUUCUUGGAGAGCCGACAACACAACUACCGAGCCUCUGAUGAUUUGGCUAGCACACAAGCGCGGAGUCAAGGGUAUCAUCAAGCUCCUCGGCCAUCAAGACCUAGUCAGCAUUGCCGACCUUCGCCAGCCACUGCAGUUCCCUCGAUCAUUUGUCAAUCGAACCUUGUCGUGCUUCGCCACUAGCCCUCUCGGCCGUCCGAUCAGAAAGCAAUUCAGUCUCUCUACUGAGGAUGGAAGAAUGAUUCAUCGGGACAUUGCCAUCAAGAAUUUGGUCAUCAGUCCCCAGAGCUGCUGGGGUAACCCCAUGGGCAUCCUGAUCGACUUUGACUCGGCGCUGAAAGUCAAGAAAGGUCACCCUGUUGGGCAGCGGGUUGGGUCGGAUGGGUUCAUGGCCAUCGGUGUUCUUCGUGGGGAAGAACACACGUAUCGACACGACCUGGAGUCUUUGUUCUAUGUUUUUUUGUGGCUAGCCAUUGCCAAUGAUAGAGAGCAUGACUAUUCCCGGGAGAUCUUGAAGGGAUUGCCAGAGAAAUCUCGGCUCCAUAAUUGGUGCUCACCGGUCCUGGACUUUUCCGCCGUCGAGAAGGCAGUAACAACCGACAUGAGCCCGCAAGGCUUCGAGGGGAUUCUGGGUGAAUUCUCUCCCGACUUUGUUGAACUCAAAAACCUGGCUAGGAAGCUACACGGGCUGAUUUUCCCAGUGCGCGACGGGGUGAUUUUCACGGGGACUGACAAGGAUAAGAAAACUGCUACCUGGCUCUUCACUACGAUGGCAAAUGCUUUUAUGGAUAAGACUCGCUGUCAAAAGACUCGCUGUAAAGGUCGUAGUCUUUAA